UUUGCGGUGAUUGAAAUAUCUUUGUCAGAAGGAGCCGUGGGGUGGCAGAAGCAGGCGGGCUGAAAGGAAGAUAGAUUUUGUCUUGGCAGCGGACCAGGAGACUCCAAGGGCAGUCAGACCUUCAGGGAAGAAAAUGAGGUCCUUUCUGAUUUGGUCUCUGAGCGUCUUGCAUCUCAUCAAAGCAGAGGCCAUUGAGCUGACUGACAUGUUUGGAGAGAUUCAGUCCCCCAGCUUCCCGGACUCCUACCCCAGUGAUUCAGAAGUGACAUGGAAUAUAUCAGUGCCAGACGGAUUCAGAAUCAAGCUUUACUUCAUGCAUUUCGACCUGGAAUCGUCCUACCUUUGUGAAUAUGAUUACGUUAAGAUUGAGUCCGAAGACCAAGUCCUGGCCACUUUCUGUGGGAGAGAGGCAACAGACACAGAACAAACUCCAGGCCAGCAGGCGAUCACGUCUCCCAGUUCCUACAUGAGCCUCACAUUCAGGUCAGACUUCUCCAAUGAGGAACGCUUCACAGGUUUUGACGCCCACUAUACAGCAGUUGAUAUAGACGAGUGCUUGGAGAAGAGUGAUGAGGAGCUGUCCUGUGACCACCACUGCCACAACUAUAUUGGGGGCUACUACUGUUCCUGCAGGUUUGGCUACCUCCUGCAUUCUGACAACAGGACAUGCAAAGUGGAAUGCAGUGACAACCUCUUCACCCAGAGAAAUGGGGUGAUCCACAGCCCCGACUUCCCCAACCCCUAUCCCAAGAGUUCUGACUGCUUGUACCGCAUUGAGCUGGAAGAGGGGUUCUUCAUCACCUUGCAGUUUGAAGACAACUUUGACAUCGAGGACCAUCCAGAGGUCUCCUGUCCAUAUGAUUAUAUAAAGAUCAAAGCUGGACUUAAAGAAUUUGGGCCUUUCUGUGGAGAAAAAUCUCCAGGACGUAUCGAAACCAAAAGCAACAGCGUCCAAAUCCUGUUCCACAGCGACAACUCGGGAGAGAAUGGAGGCUGGAAGCUGUCCUAUACGGCAAUUGGGGAUCCAUGCCCACUUGUGGAGCCGCCUCUCAAUGGUAAAAUUGAGCCCUCGCAGGCAACGUACACCUUCAAGGACCAGGUGGUUAUCAGCUGCAACACCGGCUACAAUGUCUUCAAGGACGACGUGGAAAGCGAAACGUUCCAGAUCGAGUGCAUGAAGGACGGGAUAUGGAGCAACAAGGUCCCUGUCUGUAAAAUGGCAGAUUGCAAGUCACCGCCUGAGCUGGACCACGGCUUCGUCACCUUCUCCACGCCACACAACCUGACCACGUACCAGUCGGGGAUCCAGUAUUCCUGCCAGCAUCCCUUCUACCAGAUGGUCCCCAACGUCACAGGAAUCUUCACCUGUGACGCCAAAGGGGUCUGGAUGAGUGAAGAGCUGGGGACGCACCUGCCCUCUUGUCAACCAGUUUGUGGGCAGCCAACUCGCCCGCUGCCCACCCACGUCAAGCGUAUCAUUGGCGGGCGGAACGCAGAGCCUGGUUUUUUCCCAUGGCAAGCGCUAAUCGUGGUGGAGGACACAUCUCGGGUGCCCAACGACAGGUGGUUUGGUAGCGGAGCUCUUCUUUCCGAAUCCUGGGUGCUGACCGCUGCCCACGUCCUUCGGUCCCAACGCAGGGACAACACCAUCAUCCCCGUCUCCAAGGAACACGUCACCGUCUACCUGGGCCUUCACGAUGUCAGGAACAAGAUGGAUGCUGUCAACCGGACAGUCGAGAAGAUUAUUCUCCAUGACGCCUUUGACAUCCAGAACUACAACCAUGAUAUCGCUUUGGUGAAGUUAAAAGAGAAGGUGGCCAUGGGACCGUACGUGAUGCCGGUUUGUAUGCCACAGUUCGAACAUGAGCUGGAAGGGCCUCAUCCCAACACACUGGGCUUAGUGGCUGGUUGGGGCAUCUCCAACCCCAACAUCACGGUCGAUGAUGUCAUGAGUUCAGGUAUGAGGACCCUGUCAGAUAUCCUACAGUAUGUAAAGCUGCCGGUCGUGCUCCACGCUGAGUGCAAGACGAGCUACGAAUCCCGCUCGGGGAACUACAGCGUCACCGAGAACAUGUUCUGUGCGGGUUACUACGAAGGCGGGAAAGACACCUGCCUCGGAGACAGCGGGGGAGCAUUCAUCAUCCAAGACCUUGACAGCCAAAGGUGGGUGGCCCAAGGACUGGUCUCAUGGGGUGGGCCAGAAGAAUGCGGGAGCAAACAAGUCUACGGGGUUUACACUAAGGUCUCCAACUACGUGGGCUGGCUCCAGGAGCAAACUGGAUGGACCUUCACGAAUCCUGAUUUGAGGAGAUGAAUUGGGACGAGCGACCAGAUCAAAGACGACGGAUGGAACUGGAACUGCACCAAAGUUCCGAUAUAUUGCAGGUGCUCCGAGGGUCUUUCUGGACCGUAAUAUAUUUUUCCAUGCUGCAAACGUGCAAUGAUUUUGAAAGGGAAAGGAGCAACCAACCGUCUUUCCUAUAAGAAGUGUUUCUAUUGUAGGAACAUUUGAUUUCCUGAAUGCUCAAAGGGGCAAUGGAAUGAUGUUACUGGAACGUUGCCAUUUCACACCCUACACUAGCAUUUCAUUGCAGCUGAGAGGAUGAAAUGCGGGUCCCUGUUGGACAGUGCUUAUGACAUAAGUGGAAACCCAAUUCUUCACCACUACCCCUUCCAGCGCCUGCACUGGGAACACGAAAUACCUACGUGAGCCCCAUAUUGGCAUCAGAGGAACAUAGAAGUUUAUGAAUUAAGCCUGCAGUUUUGAGGAGAAGACAAAAGAUCAUAGCCAGCAUUGGACUGGAGUACUGACAGGGAAAUUAAGACUUCAAGGGAACGAUGUAGCCAAAAGUGAGCACUUCGAAGGGCCAAGCUAAAAGUGACAGGUUACACUUGAAUGGCAAGUGAACAGACUCACAUGUGUUCUUUCCUGUUCACUUGCACUCCACUUGUGCUCCACUCGAGUGUAAUUCGUCACUUCUAGCUUGGCCCUAAGGGUGGCUCUAAUUAUGGGUUUUUACUUGGGCGAGUAGUCGUUUUAAAGUGGUCUGCCGUCACACCGCAGCUGCAGAGAACUGCUUCUUUUUUAAAAACAAAAAUUAUUUUAAAAGUUUUUCUUAACAAUAUAACAAUAACAUAACAAAACAACUACUCUGGACAGUAUUAAUAUAUAGUCAUAAACAGUUCAAGCAAUAACUUUAACAGUGGUAGGUAUAUGGUUGUCUAAAAGAAAAAGAAUAGCUUGCAUUCAUCGGCAUAAUAAAUUGCCAUAAUUUUAAAUGCGUCUGCAACCGACUUCUAACGUUCAUUAUGGUGUCCGGUAAACUCUAAAAAGGGCCACCCUCUCUCGUAAAAGUUGGACUGGAAGUUUUCAGCCGUUGAGCUGCGAUCUGUGAUCUUUCCCAUUGUGAAAAAUUCCCGCAUUUUAUUGAACCAUGGCUGAACUGCUUCUUUUUUAAAAAAGGAGAGCUCAAACGAGUUCAGAACGGUGCCUCAACGGGAGGGAAAGCGCCUGCCUCUCCCACAAACCACUUCCCUGAACGGAAACAGCAUAUCAAGGGGAGAGUUAUGUGCACAGAUUCUAUACGUAGAGCUGCAAAAUCAACAAAAUAACCCCCCUUGCAUGCAGCUUUCAUGGGAGAAAACAGCAUUGGGGGGAGGGCAGGAGCCUUUCCAAUCCCAGUGGUGCCCUUCUGUGCCCCUUUUAGCUCUCCUUUUUUAAAAAGAAGCAGUUGCCCUCAGCUGCUGUGUGGCUGCACAGAGAACCUUAAAACAAGCCUACACCUGUGUAGAAACCUAUAAUCUAGAGCUGCCCACUGAUUGAAAUGCUAACCUCUAUCCCUUAGAAAUCAAUGCCAUUUCGCACAUUAUGCACCAGCCAACCCAGAUUUCCCAACAAGGUAGCCCUCAACAGGGAAUGGCAACCAGCCACGACCAUUUGAUGAAUGUGCCUGUUUGAAACAGGUCUUUUCAAAUACCUAUUUAUCACUUCUGCAUAUUUUAGAGGUGCCCUUUCACAUCUUAAAAAACCCUGCCCAGGAAUUUUCAUCAGAUACCGGCGCUCAGAGCAAAAUAAAUUCAAUGAAUAAUAUGUUCUAAUUUCCACAUCCUAGCAGUGGAUUGUACAAUAUUGUAAUGUUUUGACCCUGACGAAUGACGAAAAGUCCUGUGUAACUCAAAAGCUUGCAUACCUUUCCACUAUCAAAGUUCAAUAUAAAAGAAUCCCCUUUUUAUUUCGUACAAGUGGGUUUCUUUUCACGGCAAGGCUGGGGGAUUUUCCUUCAUGAUUUUAAACCUUAUAAACACUCCCAGGCUGAUAAACAUAAUUUGCAAAAGGAGCUGGGGUGGGUUCUGCCUGAGGGCUUUGCCCCACAUGGCCAGCAGGAUCCCCCCUCCCCUUUUAAGGACCUCCAAACAGCAUUGUGCAUAUUCCAGACAUGACUCAUGUAGCCCCUGAGGCUUUCUCUAAGCCCCUGGGGCUUUCUCUAAAAAAGGGCAAAGGAACAACCUCCUUUGCUCCAGCCUAAAGGGGAAAUGGUGGGAUGGCUGAAGAGAGGGCCUCUUUGUGGAUGCUCCACCUACAACCAAUCUGGCGUGGGAGAAGAGUUGAGCUUUGCCUUCAAAAUGGUGGAACUAACCUCCGUUUUUCUCUACCACCUCCUCUUUUACCUUUUAACUGGCAUCAUUGUUUUGUUUUGUUUGUUCCCAGCUAAGCCACAGUGUUCCUUUAACCAUGGCUCAGCUAUGAAGGGAGAAAGGGGGAACUGCCAGAGUUGCCAACCUCCAGGUGGUAGCUGGAGAUCUAUUCGAAUCACAACUGAUCUCCAGGCAACAGAGACCAGUUCCCCUGGAGAAAACGGCUGCUCUGAAGGGUGUACUCUAUGGCAUUAUACCCCACUGAGGCCCCUCCCCAAACCCCACCCUCUCCAGGACCCACCGCCCCCAAGUCUCCUGGAAUUUCCCAACCUGGACCUGGCAACCCUAAGAACUGCCCGGCAAGGAGAAGUGAUUGCCACCACUUUGGCACUGAAGCAAAAAAUCGCAAGAAGGAAGAUGGUUGGUGUGGCACAGCAGGGACCUCAUGGGGGUGCAUGUGUACCUACCCUGUGCCCACCAGCCUCCACCCCAUUCACUACUGCUUCUGCAGAACGCGUGCCAUUUCCUGAUAUUGUGCGGAAUGCCCCCCUCCCCACUCCCCGGUCUUCCUCGGUGUCCAUAAGGCAAAAACACUCGGGUGUUCUUCAUCAGCUUGCCUGAAUAGAGUUCAAUGCAAGAAGAAAUCAGGCACAGAAACGAUCCAGAGAAAGAGGUCUCGACUUAUAAUAUGUGCUUGGGAAAAAAUACUCCUGGCUUUGUUACAUAUUUAAGAGCUAUUAUGCUGGUAAGGAUUUUGUACUUUUGUUUUAUAGUAUGCCCAAUAUUUUGUAUUAUGAUGACCCUUUGUGGAACAGGAA